UUUCCAGCCCGGCCGGGUGGGCCAGCAGAACAGGUCAGUGCCGGACCCCGGAGAAGGCAUCCCUGAUCCGAUUAGGCCGGAGACAGCGUGGUGCUGGGUGGUCCAGACUGGGGUCCGGCACCAAAUCCUCACUCCACUACAUUCUCCCUGAGGAUCUCUGGGCUCAGACUACACCUCCCCAUGCCUCGGUGUGCUGGUCUGCGAAGGGAGAGUGAUAAUGAUCCGACUUGCUGUGAGGAAGUGAGAGGGACCACCCCAUCUGCCCUCUGAAAGUUUAGACCGUGUUGGUUAUUGCCAGGACUGUUUUCUCCCCGUUUUACAGAAAAGGAAACUGGAACUCAGGAGGUUUACUAAGCGGCCCAAGGUCGCACACCCAGCAAGUGUCAGAGCCCAGGUCUAGCCAAUUCCACAAAGUUCUGCCAUGAAACCCGCCCCUGGUUUUCCUGGUUUUCCUCACUCUGCGGACCCAGUUUAAAUUUCCUUUCUCUGGGUAUCCCCAAACCCAUGUCAGCCUCUCUCCCUGUAAUCCCUGGGGCAGUGUGGGAACCUGAGCCCCCUGGGCUUUUGCCCUGAACACACUGGGGUAUGGAUGAGGGGCUCAGAAAGUGCCUUCAUGAAUGAGUGUGUGGCUGUGUUCCAGGUAUGCUCUCAGAGCUGAAGGUGGCUGUGCCCUGGGGCCACAUUGCUGCCAAAGUCUGGGGCUCCCAGCAGACUCCCCCAGUUCUUUGCCUGCACGGCUGGCUGGACAAUGCCAACUCUUUUGACAGACUCAUCCCUCUUCUUCCAAAAGACUUUUGUUAUGUUGCCAUGGAUUUCGGGGGACAUGGGCUCUCGUCCCAUUACAGCCCUGGUCUCCCGUAUUACCAGGAAAGCUUUGUGAGUGAGAUCCGGAGAGUUGUAGCAGCCCUCUGUGUUUCAGCCUUGAAGUGGAAGCAGUUCUCCAUCUUGGGCCAUAGUUUUGGUGGCACGGUGGGCGGAAUGUUUUCCAGUAUCUUCCCCGAGAUGGUGAAUAAACUUAUCUUGCUGGACACAUGGCCAUUUGCCCUGGACCCUAAAGGAAUAGAGCGCGUGCCGAUCUACCGGCGGGGAGCCAUGGAGCACGUGCUGCAGGUGGAGGCCUCCCAGAAGCCCCUGCAGGUAGUCAGCCCAGAGGACAUGCUGCAGAGGUUUAUGAAGAACAACAGUCACGUGAGUGAGGAGAAUGCGCGACUCCUCCUGCAGAGAGGAACCACCAAGGUGGCCACAGGCCUAAUGCUGAACAGAGACCGGAGGAUAGCUUUGCCCGAGCACAGCAUGGAUUUCAUCAGCAGGGAGCAGUUCGUGCACUUCACCAAGCAGCUGCGGGCCCGCGUCCUGCUCAUCAAAGCAGCGCAAGGGUAUUACAGCGUGAGAAGGGAGGACGACACUGACAGGAACAUCGUGGCUUUUGUGACGGACACGCUGAAAUUGGUCCUAAAGGAGGUAGGAGCAUGCGCUCGGCUCGGAUGAGCUUCAGGAGGGUCCUCACGCGCUCCUGGCACCAGGACCUCUGGCCCGGGCCCAGGCCUCACUCCCCAGGGCAGCCAGUCCCCAGAGCUCACACUCAACUUGGCAAACCCAUUCUACUGGCAGAGCCCCAGUGCUGUUGUCCACGCCACUCCCCAGCCCAGGUCCAACUUGGCCAGACCGACAGACCGAGCAGGUGAUCCGUCUCCAGUGGGGGCAGCGACCCGGGUUUUGUCCCCGGGAACACGUGACACCCUGACCAUCAACCGCUGUCAACACCUGCCCCUGGGCCUCUGCAGACCUCAGCACCAGCACCAAGGCGAGCCUGUGUGGCCAGCCCGCGUGCCCUCCCGUCUCCCAGGGAGGGUCGCCCUUGACUACUGGGCCCUCCCUGGCCUAGCUCUACAACCUCACAGGCCAGAAUGACCCAGAAAUCCGGACACUCCCCCCAUCCCCAAAUCAGGCCUUUCUGACUCUGAGUUAGGCUCUGACUUAACCAGCAUGUGACUGGGGAGCUGUGGGUCAGUCCCUGCUCCAUGGUUCACCAUGGGGGCCCCUCUGGAACCCCUGGGAGAUAGCAGACCCUGGGAAGGCCCCAGCACAGCCGAGGGGCCACACUCACCAACCAUUCCCACCCCUCUCCAGCGGUACCAGUACAUGGAAGUCCCGGGCAGCCACUAUGUCCACUUAAACCAACCCGAGAAGGU